AUGGGUUCAGUACUGACGAUGGGGGAAAGGAGGGAGGACGAGAAGGUUGAGGAGAGGAGGGGGGACGAGACGGUUGAGGAGAGGAGGGGGGACGAGACGGUUGAGGAGAGGAGGGGGGACGAGACGGUUGAGGAGAGGAGGGAGGAGGGUAGGGGGGCGAGGAAGCUGCAAGAGGUGGAUGGGAGGGAGUGGAUACGUGGCAGUGUGGAGGUGAUACACGUGGGAGAGCACCAUUUGAUGAAAUACGCUGUGCUCAUUUUAAUCUGCACUCUAAAUAGGGAAACGCUCGUGGGAGGGGGAGGCAGGGUGCACAUGGGCAUGGAGGGGGAGGACAAGGUGGUGUAUGAGGAGCAACCGGGGGAGGUGGUAACUGCCAUGACGCAUGCCCCGUUCCUCUACAACAUCACGCACUGCUCUCCCCCCAUCCACGGCCAGGUCAUCUCAUAUCGCAUCUACCAAUGGAUGGAUCUUCACAUCCGCAUGGGAGUGGACCAUUUCUCCCUGAACGAUGUGGGCGGGGUGGACCCGCAACUGCGAACGCUGAUUGCGCCGUUACUGGACGAAGGGAUAGUGGAGAUCACGGAUUUUCGCGACUUGCUGAACUACGAGGUCUGGUACGACGGCCAGGUGAUGAUGGUAAACGACUGUGUGUAUCGCUUCCGCCACCUCUCAAAGUGGAUCAUGUACCUUGACUUUGACGAGUUCAUGUUCAUCAAUGCAAUCCCACGCCUCUCAGCGCGCAUACACCGCCUUACUCAUGCCCAAAGUUGUUUCCCCCUUCUCGUAUCCCCUUUCUCAUGUCCCCCUUCUCAUGUCCCCCUCUCUCCCCUCACGCACCCUUCUUUUAUGUGGCUCUUUGGCAAUCCCACGCCUCUCAGCGCGCAUACACUUCCUUACUCAUGCCCAGAGUUCAUUCCCCCAUCUCAUGUCCCCCUCUCUCCCCUCACCACCUUUCUCCUUCGCGAUGUGGCUCUUCCAGGAGCGCAUGCCCACGCCUCUCUCUCAGCAUUCACCACUUCCUCAUGCCUUGCAAGGGCGUUCCCUAUGAGGGCAUGCCCUUUGCGGCCCUACGAGGGGAAUACCUUCGUGAAUCACUUCCUCAUGCCCUACGAGGGAAUGCCCUACGUCACUCACGGCAGCCUCUGGUGGGACUUGGAUCGCUGCCUGCCCUCCCAAGGCCCUGACGACCCCAGGUGGCCGCUGGAGCGAAUGCUAUGGCACGGGCCGGGGAUCUACUGUAAAGCCAAGGACAACAACACCAACCCCACCGUGUGCCUGCACCACUACGGCCACCGCAAGCUCUUUGUGGACCCCAGACGGGUGCGAGCUGUGAUGAACCACGGCGUUCGGGAUCCCGCUAAAGGGGGCGCAGAUCUGUCUACAGACCUUCUCAGGCACCACCACUUCCAUGGCAUAAUCAGGCAGGGCAUCAAGGAGUGCACCCUCAUAAUGAAGGAGCAUGACAACAUAACCUGGUGGUCCCGGGGGCGAGAGGAAGCGGACAGAAUGGAAUACGUGCGCACCCAUCCCCUUGACACGCAAUACCUUGUUGCUGCACACAGG